AUGGGGCUUCAGGCACGUCUGAGCUCUGGCAGUUUUGCAGCCAAAGAGUUGCAAAAGUUGUCAGCCGAGGCUCAGAACCUAAGCAAAGGUGUGCAAAUCAAUGCAGCUUUGUUCUCGACCCUGCAGACGGCCUUGGAUGAAGGCUAUGUAGGGCUUGCCGGAGCACAAGCAGAUCAAGCUUUGGAAACUCUCCUGAGCUCCGAGAUGUGGAAGGAUCGGGAUUGGAAGUCCAUCCAGCCCAGUGAGCUGCGCGAGUUAGAAAUCCGGGCGGAAGAGGCAACCAAAGCAGGCCGCGACCGCUUGGCUGAACCGCUGCAGACUGCAUUGGAGGUGGGGCAGUGCUCUGUGGAGCUGGCUGCUGCAAUGAGAUCGAACGAUGCGGAAAAGCUCGAAGCCUGCCUGGACAAGGCACGGCAGUUGGGCUUCAACCGCUUGGAGGAAGUGCAACGGCGUCUUCAGAACAUGCGAUGUUCCAUGGAAGGCAGGAGAGGCUUGCGACGUCCCGUCCGGGCCGCUGAAUCCCCCACGCUGUUGCCGUCGUCUGCCCCGGCAGAGCAGAAUCCUCCGUUUCAAGAAGAGAAUGCGCGAAAGAUGUGGCCCAGUCCAGCGGACAACAGUGAGCCAAAUGGGCAGGACCAGUUGCUACGAUACGAAGAGCAUGAUCAGCAGGUUCGUUGCACGAACUUGAUCUUCAUCGAUCUGGAAACCACCUCUGGCUUCUAUGACUUUGAAGAAAUGCCGCAGAUUCUGGAGGUGGCCAUCAUCAUCACCGACAGACAUCUUAACGAACUAGACCGCGGACACUGGGUUGUUGGUGGGUUCAGCCGAAAGGACCUGGAAAGUCUUGGAGAGUUUCACAAGGUGCUGUGGCAAUUUAAGUGCGAGGUCAUGGGUAGUCAACCGCCAAUCGCUGCAACUUGCAGGCGAACUUUCGAGAUUCUGAACCCGGAGGCAGCUUUCCACCUUUGA